UACCGUAUGAUAUGUCUCUGAGUUUCCUGAUAUUACUUGUAUUUUGACGAGCGUCAGUCCGCGUACUGAAAGUUGGUGUAAGCGUAACUGGUGGAUGGUUGGCUACGCUAUUCAUACCGCUCGUCUGACUGAGCGAGUGAGUCACGGAGACCGUGUGGUAUGUUGUUGUAUGUACUGGACGGCUGUACACACACUCACCACACACAGUACAGGACGGACGUACUGACUGGACUUACUCCAGUAUGUCUUCAAACACACAAAGGAUCGGCUACAACCAUCUUGGAUACAAUUUAAGUUAACAAUUUUGGUGACAACAUUGUGUUCGUAAACACAGGUAUACACAGCUGUAACGCUGAUUGGAUUUUCACCUGUAGAAUUCUGUAAUGGCGAACUAGACGACACUCAUGGCGUACAGGUAACAGUGUUAGCCGUGUGGGAAUUUAUGCAUCGCCAGACCAAGGGGACAAUUGUGUGAUAUUUUUCUCCAUACGGCAUUCGAAAUGGCCAUUCUCAAGACUUUCCUGUGCUUCUCCAACACCCGAGUCGGUACCCUAAUAUGUGGAUGUUAUAGCUUGGUGAUAUCCCUGAUCUGUUUGGUAUUUUACCUGUUCCGGUACGUGGGAUAUCAGCUCAUACAAGACUCUCCAGAAUACAAGGGCAUUGUGUACGCCGGAUUUGUGCUGUACGGUCUCAUGAUAACAGCAUCCCUCGUCCUCAUCCCGGGAGUACAACUUGACAAGAGAUAUCUACUGCUACCCUGGGUUUACGUUCUAGUGUUGAAUGUUUUGUACGAAACUGGUGCAAUAGCUUUACUUACCACUGUUCACAUGGAGCGGGAAAAAACAUUACAAGCCUGGGAGAUUGUCUGGGUGUUUUUCUACUGUUUUAAAUUAAUAGCCAAUUGUUACUGUUUUGCCUGUGUUGUAUCACAGUAUCAGGAAUUGGCUGAGGGUCGAGGAACGUACGAGUAUUUAUAUAAACCAAGAACCAGACGUCACCAUCGAAGGUGUAGAGCGCGAGAGUAUAACAUAGACACAUUCGAACUACCUUUUGGAGUUCAUCUACCGCCUUACGAGGAGGACGAUACACAAAAAGACCUAAGCCCGCCAGCUUAUGAAUAUAUAUAUCCAGUGCCUCCUAAGGUGGAAAACACACCAACAGAGAAUUAUAUACAUAAUAGUGUGCCACCUUAUGCACGGACAAAUGACGUCACAAAUGGCGUUCUUAGCGACACCAGUGAUCCUAGCAGACGGUCAAACUGUUACCAGGUUACAGUGGAUGUCGUCUGGAUAUGAUGUUGGGCUGUAGAGUGUGUUAUUUAUUUCAAAAAUAUUUUAUAUAACAAGUGACAAAAAUGCAAUUAAUGUGCUAAUAUUCCCGUUUGAUGUCAGUUUCAACGUCUACUUCAAGUGGAUUGGGGACCACAUUUCUAUUUCUUUGGUACUUUUCUGUGUCUCUGUCCUUAUUCCUAGACUGUUUGUAUAUUGUGUCCCUAAGCUCCCUUAUUAAAGGUCCCCGAGGAUAUUGAAGGUCAUGUGGUGUGCCGGUGUCACACGUUUGAAGCAGUCACAGGAUUUGACAUCAGUGGUUACCUUAGGUGUUGUCGGUAGAUGGCGUGUGUGUAUUCCGGUGAAAAAUGAUAAUGCAUACAUUAACAAAUACCGUAAUCAGCCAAUAGAAUUCAUGAACAGUUUUCUACCUCGCACGACAUCAAAGUUUGAACACAGUGUCAUUCAUAUACACGUACUGGCAUUUAAAAUAGCCUCCAAACACACCAGGCAAAGUUAAAUUGUUCCAAUGAUUGACCUCCUUGUGCGGACGAUUCAUGUUUAAUUAUUGUGACACAUUUAUUGUACCAUGGGUGGUACGUUGUUGGUACAAGGGUCCAAUGGCAUUGGUGUUUGUUUUACAGGGACCAUACCUCAGAUUCCUUGUGAUGUAGGGAUACGGCUCCUACCCACAGAAGUUCCACAAGUGUGGUCAGGGUUUGAAUAUCAACUCAAAAUGAUUAUAUUAGUACUUGUAUCUAUGGUACUUUUCAAAACAUCUUCGAAAGUUCAGACCGAAGUGUUCAGACACAAAUCUUAUUUAAAAAAUGCCAAAUGAAGAAUAAAUGCGAAAAUGUAAAGAGACUAAAUGUAGAUGGAUAUAUUUGUACGACUGAUGAUAAGGAAAAUAUGUGAAGAUACAGAAAAAUGUGAAUGAUCGUGGUAAAACUGAAUGUGUUAAGUUAUGAAAAGAAAACAAAAUGUGAAACACCUGUAUCUGGUGUUGUGCAGAUCAGUUGUAAGAGAGAAUGUGUCUGGUGAGUUGUAAUGUAAGACGGACGUGUGAGAGGGUGAUGAGUUGUGACGUCAUAUGGACGUGUGCUAGUGGUAAGAUGUGCGAUGUCGGAUGGACUUGUGAGACUGUGACGUGUUGGUGACGUCAGGAGUAUUUCAGAGAGUGGGUAAAUGUGACGUAAGACUAAAGCGUGAGUGAUACCUCAGGUGUAUACAAAUUAAUUUCUCAUGCAUGCCAUUUUCAAUUUUAUCCAUUUCAAGUCAUUGUGAUAUGUCAUUUAUUAAAUUUGUUUUUAUAAGUAA